UGCGUCACCACCUGCCGCCGUCAAUCAAACUCGCGUUCAGCCGGAGCCGCUGCUGCUGUCAAACACCGGCACUUUACCGUCAACGAAUCAUAUGUCGACGCAUGUACUCGGAACAAACGCCCAGGAAUCAUAAACCGGGCUAUAUUCGAACCAUCUAUAGUUGGUCGCGUAGGACUGAUCUAGUUUUCUAAAGUUUGCGUGUAAUUUCAGCGAGUUAGCGGUUAGCAGCAGGUAAUAAACAACAACGAACCCACAGAAAGUAGAUCAGAUUAGAAGUGUUUUACUGCACAGAUAUGCCGACAUAACGCGUCACAUCACCGAUUAGAGGUGUUGGACUGCGAAAGCGUGUAGAAUGUGAGCGUUCAGCAGCUGAAAGUGCUGAGGCGGCGGUUGAGGUUAAUCUUAGCAGCAGCUCCGCGCCAAACAUGCGCCUCAAACCCGCCAGAAAAACCGCGCGAUCGGGCUGAAGCGGCGUCAUUCCGGCUCCUGCUGACUCAGUCUAAGGAUGUCUGCUUUGGUCUGGCUUUGGCGUCUUCUGGCCGUCUGGACGCUUCUCGCAGUGUCUUCUUCUCAGAGGAACGGCCUGAACGCUGUGGAUUUCUCCCAGAGGUUUGGAAGCGCCCUGCCGUCCCUCAGUCGCCCGGCCAACGCCAGCCAGAUCUUCUACGGCGUCAUGUUUGACGCGGGCAGCACCGGCACCCGCAUCCACGUCUACACCUUCAUACAGAAGGAGCCGGACGGGUUGCCGGUGCUGGAUAAUGAGAUGUUCCACUCGAUGAAGCCGGGUCUCUCUGCGUACGCCGACAUACCUGAGAUUGCCGGUCACACGGUGCGUCAGUUACUGCGCGUGGCGAAGAAGACGGUUCCUCCGGUGGAGUGGAAGAGAACGCCGGUGGUGUUCAGAGCCACGGCCGGACUGAGGCUGCUGCCGCCGACUAAAGCCCACGCGCUCCUCGAGGAGGUGCAAGACGUCUUCGAUGAAUCUCCAUUUUAUGUGCCUCCUGAUAGUGUCAGUAUCAUGGACGGGACGGAUGAAGGGAUUCUCGCCUGGGUCACGGUCAACUUCCUGACAGGUCGACUCCACAAAAACGCACAGAAGACGGUGGGAAUCCUGGAUCUGGGCGGAGGAUCCACACAAAUCACCUUCCUUCCCAAAUCAAAGAAAACUAUUGAGAGUGCUCCAGCAGAUUACAUCGUGAGGUUCGACAUGUUCAACAGCACACAUGAGCUCUACACACACAGUUACCUUGGAAACGGAAUCAAAGCGGCGCGUCUGUCGGCUCUGGGAGCGCUGGGUUCAGACGGUCUGGAGAAGAAAGUUUUCCAAACUUCCUGUUUGCCUAAAAAAUACACCAGUGAAUUCAGCUUUGGAGGAUUCAGUUACCACAUCAGCGGAGUCACCAACGGUGUGACGGGGUUCAAGGCGUGUUAUCAGGAGCUGCUGAAGGUGGUGAAGGGCGUCAUCAAUCAGCCUCACGAGCUGAAGGACAGCAGCACCUUCUACGCCUUCUCGUAUUACUUCGAUCACGCCGUGGAGGCCGGACUCAUCGAUGAGAGCAGAGGAGGAGCCGUCAAGAUACGAGACUUCAGGAAAAGAGCAAAAGAGGUGUGUAACCGUCCGUCGAAACGCUCUCAGCUCAAUCCGCUCCUCUGCAUGGAUCUCACAUACAUCGUGUGUCUGCUCAAAGACGGCUUCGGCUUUAAGGAAAGCACCGUCCUGCAGCUGACCAAGAAGGUGAGGAACGUGGAGACCAGCUGGGCUUUGGGAGCCGCCAUCUACCACUUCCAGAAGUUCAGGAUCCAUUAAAGACUUUGACGUUUCUCCUCCAAUCAAAGAAAGAAACGCUUAACGCUCCUAAAAGGGGCGUCGGGUUCUCUCUUCGUGCGAUUGAGAGACGAACUGAUGCGUGCGAACUGCCGUUUGCUUCCUCAGGAGUUUAACGCGCGGCUGAACUUCCUGUGAGAAUCAACAGAAAACACAGAUGCGUCACACUGGAGUUUCUGUCAACGGAGAAAACGCUGUUGCUGUUGUUGUUUACAUCACUGAGUGAAUGUGUUACCAUUUACAACAGUCUUUAAUGUGUCUUCAUAUUUCUUUCCCAAUUAAAAGUUUUGACAACAUGUA